AUGUCGGAAAUUCAAAAAUGGACAGUCAAUGAGCCUUAUAUCGACAUAGCGGGAACAUUGCUCGAGGGCCCUUACCACGAUGCGGCCAACAAUGAGUUUCGCUUUGUGGAUAUCUGGGAACAUAAGCUUUACCGUCUCGAUCUGGCUAAAGGCCCAGAAUCACUGAAGACAAUCGAUACGACCGCGGCUAUCGGUGUCACCGCCAAUAUUGCCAAUGCGGACGAGGCCGAGGCGGAUCAACUGAUAGUCGGGGCCAAGUUUGGAUUUGCCCGGCUGAACCAGACCACCGGAAAGCUCUCCUAUAUUCGUGAAGCAUGGGGCGAGGAAGAUGGACCGGGGAAAGCAGAGAUUUUCUCUACACCGACUUACCAGAAAUCCCCACAACACAGAAUGCGCUUCAACGACGGCGCCGUCGACAGCCACGGCCGCUUCUGGGCGGGGGCCAUGAAUGAUCCCAAGAUCAAAGCUCCAGGACCCGAAGGCGUCUUGUUCAGACUAGACCCGGACCUAACUCUGCACCGUGUGUUGGCACCAGUGACCAUUCCAAACGGUAUGGGCUGGAACUUAGCAGAUGAUACGAUGUAUUUCACAGACUCGCCGACAGGCAAGAUUUUCGCAUUCGAUUUCGACGCUGCCACAGGUGCUAUUAACAAUCAGCGCGUGCACUAUGAUCUCGGCGAGCCGCUUGAACCAGAUGGAUUUGCUAUGGACGUCGAAGGAUGCAUCUGGAGUGCUAUCUACGGUGGCGGGAAGGUGAUCCGGAUCUCGCCCAGUGGUAAGCUCAUCGGGCAGAUUGACCUGCCCACGCGGAAUCCGACAUGUCCCACUUUUGUGGGCACUGAGCUGUUCAUCACAUCUGCUAAGGAUACCCGUGACGACGACCGAUUGCCUCAGUCGGUGCGGUAUGGGGGCCGACUGUUCCGGGUUGAUGUUGGGGUCCGGGGGAAACCUAAGAAUGAGUUCCGAUUUGCGAACUAA